AUGGAGGGGAUCGUGAGGAGCUACGAAGCUCAGAUACUGAACUACGAAGGGGCGGACCCUCUGGAGCCGUGGGACAGGUACGCACAGUGGGUAGAAGGAUGUCUUCCCCUUCAAGAAAAAGAAACCCGUCUGCCCACUCUCCUGGAAGAACUUGUGAAGGUCUUUUUAAACGACAAGAGGUACCACCAGGAUCCAAGAUUUGUUAACUACUGCAUUAAGCUGGCAAAGUUCAUCAGUCCUCCUUGCCAGUAUUUUGACUACCUGUAUGGACAGGGAAUUGGUGCAAAGGCAUCUAAUUUCUAUGUUGCUUGGGCUCAGCAGCUUGUAAAUGAAGGUAAUGUGCAGUGUGCAGCAGCUGUCCUUCAGAAAGGACUUCACAACCAGGCACAGCCACAAGAGAACUUGCAACAGCUAUACUGCCUUCUGCAGAGUUACGAUCAUGGGAAUCCUCCUUUGCAAGAUGCUCCUGUUAUAAAACCACUUCAAACUUCACAUGCUGCAAAUCAAAUGACUCCUCGAAAAGGUGUUUCGAAUCUUAAUGACCAAGUGUAUGCUUGCAAAAAUCAGGGUCCUGAUUCUGCUGCUGCUCAGUCCUAUUCCUCUGGUGGAAGAGAAGAAGUAAAGUAUGUUACAUACAUCUCCAAAUCUGAAGUUCUUCCUAAGUCGUCCUCUGCUGUUGUGGAAUGUGAGCAGAUUGCAAUGUACAACAAAAAUCUGCUUGUAUGUGAAGGAUCUGAACUUUCGUUUGAGGAGCUGAGAGCCAAGAGAUAUGUCAAGAAACGCAACCGCCUCAGAAGACAGCAAGAAUGGGAAGAAGGGGAGAAAAACUCCUUAAGGAAGAAAGAAUCAUCUGUGCUUGAACUGCAAGCCCUGGAGCAGAAGCUGGAACAGCUUACCCAUAUCACCAAAAGCUUGGAGAGAGCUAGACUGGAACCAGCAUCUACAACAUCAUCUGAAUCAAAUGAGAUGGUGGUGUAUCCACUUGUGAUACCCAGUGCAACUCUAGAGCAGAACCAGAUGGCACCUUGUCAAAGUUCAUGUCUGCAAAACAUGUGAGAUCUGGUGCCAGACUGGCCUUCACCAAGUAUUUUAUCCACUGCUCUCUCACUCCAGUCAGGGAAGCCCAUGGAACACCAGAUGGCAUCAACCUCUCUGUGUGAAACAACACAUAAGAAGAAUGCAGCCAAAACUCAGCUGGGGCUUGGAGAACUCCAGAAGAGUUUGUUGCACCCUCCAUUCAGUAAUGUUUCAGCUCAGGAACAGGCACAUCCUGACUCAGCUCUGAAUUUGAGCUCUGGAGAACAGCACCCUAACAAGACAGCUGCUGGAUUAACUGCUUCUGUGGGUGUGAAAGAAGUAUCUAGAGGUGGAAAUUCUUCUUUUGCUUCUCACACUACCCCAAACACCUCAUUGGGAGGAGCGAUGCAGGCAACGCCAUUCAAAGUGCAGCCUUCACCUACAGUCCAUACAAAGGAAGCAUUGGGAUUUCUCAUGGAUGUAUUUCAGACACCCAUCUUGCCUGAGUCAUCUCUUAAUGAAAGUGAGGAUCAAUUUGAAGUCUUCUGCAAAAACAAGCCUGAUGGAACUCUGAAACUUAAUAUUGUUGCCCCUGUCACACCUGCAUUUUCUGUCUUUGAAGAUGAGAAUGAAAAAGAGAACAGUAGGAUCCCACAGCAUAAAAAUAAGCCAGAGGAACCCAGAACUACUGGAGAAUGUCCUUUGACUGACUCUACACGGGGUACAGAAGAAGAAGCAGGAACACCAGAGUUCUUGCAGGAUGAUUAUACAGUGUGGAAUGUACCAAGCAAUAAUAAAACGUUAGCUCCUAGUCCGAACAACACGAGAGACUUUGCGCGAGCUGCCCAGCUUGUAUCGACGCCGUUUAAUUACCUCUCGGCACACUCACGGCAGACUGCGGAGGACAAAGCCUGUGGAGAUGGCUUGCCAAAAAUGGAUUUGGAGUUUUCUGAAGAACUGCACCAGCAGUCAAAAGCUAAGAAGCUCAGCCCUGUUCUUGAACGUGUUGCAGAACAAGGAGAGCUGCAAGGAAAUGGAAUUCAAGGAAUUGUUACAGCUCCUUCUCAAAGAUUACCUGAGCAGACUGUCGUGAGCGGAACUGAGUAUUCCUCCUCUCUGAGGGUGGACAAAGCUUCCCAUGAAAAGCUGUCUGUAGCUGAGCAGGACAGGACAGCCCAAAGCGUUAGACCUGCAGUACUUGUUGAGAAUCCUUGGGAUAAGGAAUUGAUUUCCAAAUUCCUGUCAGAGCUUCCCAAACCACUCCACACCUAUACCAGUUACUUUGAAUGGAAAUCCUCUCUUCCACCCAUCAUACUGAAGGCUGAACUCCCACUGGGUUCCAACUCAUUCCAUGUAGACUGCUUGGUAGGAGAAGGAGCUUUUGCCCAAGUCUAUCAAGUUUCCAUACUGGAUGCAAGUAACCCUAGAAACAAUCAGAAAGCAAUAUGCAAGGUCCAGAAGCCUGCCAACCCUUGGGAGUUCUACAUAGCAACACAGCUGCUGGAAAGGCUUGAUCCAAGUGUACACCAUCUCUACAUCCACUUUUAUUCUGCUCAUUUCUUUAAUAAUGGCAGCAUUUUGGUUGGUGAGCUCUACAACUAUGGAACAUUGCUGAAUGCCAUCAACAUUUACAAAAAGCUUCCUGAGAAAGUGAUGCCUCAAGCACUUGUUAUCUAUUUUGCUGUAAAAAUUCUUUAUAUGGUAGAAGAGCUCCACAGCUGCAAAAUCAUUCAUGGUGACAUUAAGCCUGACAAUUUCAUCCUUGGAGAAAGGUUUCUGGACAAUGAUACAUGUGACAUAGAUGGUCUUUCCCAUGGCUUGACCCUCAUUGACCUGGGCCAGAGUAUAGACAUGAAACUUUUCCCUGAAGGAACGGCAUUUACUACAAAGUGUGAAACAUCUGGGUUUCAGUGCGUUGAAAUGCUGACACAGAGACCGUGGAACUACCAGACAGACUACUUCGGCAUUGCAGCAACGGUCUACUGCAUGCUUUUUGGUUCCUACAUGCAAGUGAAGAAUGAAAAUGGUGUCUGGAAGCCUGGGGGAACCUUCAGAAGGCUUGCCAAUGCUGAACUGUGGAAAGAGUUCUUUGAGAGCAUGCUGAACAUCCCCAGCUGCCACAGCCUGCCUUCUCUAGGAGCUCUGCGCCAAAGGCUGAAGGACCUAUUCUGCAAGUCAUAUGCGAAGGAGAUCAAGUUCCUUCGGAACAGGCUCGUUGUGCUGCUGAUAGAGCACAAACGCUCACGGAAGUGA